CAGAAACAUGGCUGACACGAGAGUUUCCUAACUCACUGUAUAGUUUCUGCAAAAGAAAUGUAUGGCAUCUGUUAUCAUUCUCUACCUUCCAAAACUUUCCAACUUUUACUUAUGCUUAUGCUUUUUGUACCAUGUGUGCGAUCUCAAUAUUAGAUUCUCUUUAGUUCAUCUUUUUCCCUUUUCCAUGAGCUAAUCAGAGAUAACACAAACUUCAGUUCCUGAUUCCUGUGCCAACCCAAAGAAAACCCUUUUUCUGCCCACAUUUUUUGAUUGAUUAUUUUCUCUCUAGAUAAGGGACAAUUCAAAGAGACUGAGAGAGAAGUAUAGAAUAGAAGAUGAAAGUUGUUAAGGAAUGGUUGAAGGGGUCGAAGACUGUGCUUAGCAUGUUUUUAGUGCAAGUUUUUGCAACAGGGAUGCAGAUUCUAUCGAGGGUUAUACUUGUUGAAGGCACUUCCAUUUUCGCACUCAUUGCCUACCGUCACGUUAUUGCUGCUGUUUGUGUUGCCCCUUUUGCUUUCUACUUUGAAAGGCAAUAAUCAAGCUUUUCUUUCAUUCAUCUUGUUCUUAUAUAUUCUUCUGCAUGUAUAAACUUUCUUCCACAUUUUCUUCUCACUCUUUACUCUCUUUGUUUGGAUUGAAUCAUAUGUGUUGUGAUUGCAGAGGCCGCCAAAAGAAGUUGAGGUGGUCGAUUUGGUUCUGGCUCUUCCUUAACGCCUUAGUGGGGAUAACACUGGCCAUGGGACUGUUCUAUUAUGGUCUGCGAGAUACAUCAGCUACUUACUCUGUCAAUUUUCUGAGCUUGGUUCCUAUCUCCACUUUCAUUUUCUCUAUUAUAUGCAGAAUGGAGAGGGUGGAGAUUGGAAGAUGGACGAGUAAAGUGAAGACAAUAGGAGCAACUUUGUGUGUCGGGGGAGCAUUAACGACUAGUCUGUACAAAGGGAAGGAAUUCUAUAUUGGUCUAACUACCCAUCAUUCACACACUACAUCAGUUCAGUCAUCCAAAGUCAACAUGCUUCGUGGCACUCUUUUUUUGCUUGGUAGCUGCUUCUCAUACACAGCUUGGUUCAUCGUUCAAGUGAAGUUGCUUGAAAUUUUUCCAUUCAAAUAUUGGGGAACGAUGCUUACGUGCAUUAUAGCAUCAAUUCAAGCAGCAAUAGUCGGAAUAUGCUUAGAUUGCAGAAAAGUUACUUGGAGUUUAAAGUGGAAUCUACAACUUAUGACGAUAAUAUACUCGGGAACAUUGGCCACAGCUGCUACGUUUUGCUUAAUUUAUUGGGCAAUUUCAAUCAAAGGACCGACUUAUCCCACAAUGUUCAAUCCAUUGGCUCUUAUUUUUGUGACCAUAUCAGAAGCUAUCUUACUUGGUGAACCGAUCAGUCUUGGCAUCUUGGUGGGCAUGAUUUUGAUCCUGACGGGGUUGUACUCAUUUUUGUGGGGAAAAGAAAAAGAGACAGAAACUAUGGUUGAAGCUUGUGGAGAGGUUUCAACAGCCAUGGCACGAGAGUCUCUUGGACUUCAUUCCACAGCCAUGGUUGUACCGAGUAUUUCACCUAGUAAUGGCAAAAACGAUAGAAAUUGAAAAAUAUAAAUUAUUAUUAUAAUGUUCUUACAAUGAUAGACAAGACUUCUGCUUUUUCUAUAGUUAGCUUACGAAUAAAUAUGUAACAAGAGUGUAACCAAUAGA